AUGCUGCUCAGAGGAUUACGAGCCUGUGCUGAACGUGCCUCGAAGUCGCUCACGACAAACUUGGAUCGAAUGUCGAAGACCACCAAUGACUUGUUGGAAAGAAGAAGGGCUUUGAGGCUUGAUCCGAAUGCAUCGCACAUUGAGCGGUUAGUAGCAAACACUAGUUGCAGAAGAGCGUUGCAAGAGAAUCUUUCGAAAUACACGCAGAAGAAAAUACUGGAAGGAGCACAAAGAAGAACGAGUCUAAAGAAGUGCUGCAGGGAUCUCCGCGAAUAUAAUAUUCCGCUAGCAACCUUGCUGAGCGAAGACGGGACUCGCACGUCUUCUCGUCGCGAAAUGGAAAUCAUUACGGAGAGGUUCUACUGGAACCUUUUCCGUUCAUCAACUCCUGUGUCAAGCCCGAUCAUCUCCACUGAAAAAGCUCCACCACGGAUUUCCCUUCGGAAGUACGAGUCGCUAUCAAGAGCAUGA